AUGAGCAGCGAGUGCUUGUUACCUUACUACACCGCCCACAGCUACCGUUCCCAGGGCGUGUUCAAUACCUGCAUGGGGGACCUGCAACGACAACUGUACAAGGGAGGGGAGUAUGAUAUUUUCAAGUACGCACCGAUGUUUGAGAGCGACUUUAUCCAGAUUAGCAAAAAGGGAGAGAUGAUUGACGUACACAACCGCGUCCGAAUGGUGACUGUGGGCAUCGCAUCCACCAGCCCCAUCCUCCCGCUGCCUGACGUCAUGCUGCUAGCCCGACCAACUAAAGUCUGCGAAGAGCAUACCAGACGCCCCCGGCCCGCCAAGGGGAGAGGCCGCAAGCCCCCGAAGACCCUAGAGCUCACCAGGCUCCUGCCCUUGAAGUUUGUCAAGAUCUCCAUUCACGAUCGUGAGAAGCAGCAGUUGCGCCUGAAGCUUGCCACUGGUCGUACUUUCUAUCUGCAGCUGUGUCCCUCCGCAGACGCACGGGAAGACCUAUUUUGCUACUGGGAAAAGCUUGUCUAUCUCCUGAGACCACCAGUGGAGAGUUGCAGCAGUGCUCGGGUACCACAAAGCGGGGAUGCAGCAACCAUAGAGGAUGACAGCAGCCUAUUGACCGCAGAGUUCCGUGGAGAUGGAGAUCAGAAGGAGGCGAGGUUUUGCAAUCUUUGUGAUGUGUCCAGAGCCACUUCUUCUGGUUAUGCUGGGGGAGAGGGAAUGCCCACUGCAACUCACAUCAAGAAAACUCCAGGGACCGCCGAAGGAGCGGCCAAGGGGGCAACCGCAGGCCUGGCAGUAGCAGGAACAAGCCCUAGAGCAAGCGUGGCAGCAGCGGGAGUGACAACAAGCCCUGCAGCCAACAGGGCAGCAGCAGGAGCGGGGACAAAUCCUACAGCAAGCAUGGCGGCAGCAGGAGUGACAACAGGACCUAAAGCCAACGUGGCGGCAGCAGGAGCGGGAGCAAGUCCUACAGCAGGUGCUUUGAGCAUAGCAGCAACCAAGGAUGGGGGCACAGGCCAGAUAGGCGUAGCCAUGGCCGGAGCCACCGCCAAGGGUCCAGGAGAAAGUGGAUCCAGCAAGGCCGCGGCAGGUGCUGCCAACAUAUCCUCAGAGGGCACGAAUGUGGUCUUGGUGAGUGCUGGCAGCUCGUCCUCAUUAAACACUUCCAUGGCAAUGGCAGGGACUACUAAUAUCUCCCGGGAUAGCAGCACCAGCAUCACGUGUACAGUGACAACCACAAAUCCUGCCGUAGAAAGAGCUGAAGACCACGUCUCCACCUUGAAGAGUGAGCGGGAAGGGAACCAGAAGGUCUCCCCACCCAGAGCCGAAUCUCCGAGGGGAAAAAAAGGAAAGAGAGAAAAGAAGGACAUAGCUUCCACAAGGAAAAGUUCCCAUCACCGCAGGACAGGAGUGAGCAAGCCGCUCCGGAAAUCAUCCUCCCACCGGUCAUCAUCGGGCCAUAAAAACGCAAGAGACGACAAAAAAGAAAAAGGGGCGAGCAACGUCAAGGGCAGAAAGCACAGCUCUCACAAGAGUUCCAGCCACAGCGCCGCUGGGAAGGAGUCGAGGACAGCUCACAAACUGGGGAAGAGCAGAUCUGCCAGCUCGGGUAAUUUAAGUAAGAAGUCCAGUAGGAUUGGCUCUUUCUUCAGGAGCUUCAGAGUCACUCGUGGUUCAAAAACUGAGGUCACAUCACACGACAGGGAGAUGGACUUCAAGGCUAAGAAGGUGGGGAAGCGCAACAUAGAGGCGACGGUAGAGAAAGCCCCGGGUGGCCAGGACCUGGAGGUCACUGGCAUCGUGACAUCGGAGAUGAUGGAGACGAUCUACAUUGAAACCAAAUCCAAUUAA